UGCGGUUCCGGGGUGUGCCAGGGCUCCUGGCUGGUCGGGUGCCAGCCCGCCCCGCUGUCCCAGGGGGCUCCUGCGGCUCAGCGGGCGGAGGGGUCUAGUGAGCGCUUCCAGCCCCCUGCAGCCUCCUGAGUCCAUUGUUAAAAAGCUGUAGAAGGCCCGCUCCCCCAUCCACACACACACUCCCGGGAGUGCUGGGGUGGGGGUAGUUCUUAAAUGCUGGCUACCAGGGCUGUCGCGCUAUGCUAGGGGGCGCGGGCUUUGUGGACAAGUGGAGGAAUUGAUCCCCGGCAUGGUUCUAGGGGGAUCUUGGAUGCUGAAACUAGCCGACCUGAUGGAGUGGGUGGUGCAUUUUCAGCAGUAGCGGUGAGGUGGGGUAUCCCUGCGGGUCCCCUCCUUCCUUGCCUAAAAUAGGCUUUUACCAAACGCAUAAAUGCUUUCCUACUGUGUCUUACCCAGAAAAGUCACUUGGCCGAAAAACUCAUUUACAUGCAUCAGAAUCUCACCAGCUUUUGAAAGCAACAGCAAAUGGAGAUUUCAUUGGUAUAAAUGCUGAGAUAGACUGUAAGGAAUGAGCAGCCCAGAAAUGGGAAGCAAAUUCUGCAGGUGGGGAACCAAGUUAUUAAAAGCCUCUGCUGCUUCUCUGGUAUCUGAGAUUUUUCUCAGUCAAGCUAACUGCUUCUGACUCUACCGAGAAACCAGGAACACACCUUGACAAUUCUGUUGGGUCACAAAUAUUAAAUAAUGAAACCCUGAAAUUAACACAGGAUUUUAGGGGAAAGUUUUCAAAGGCACAAAUGGAAGUUUGGCACAGUUGUGACUGACAGUCAAUGGAAGUUGGGUAUCUGACUGCCCUUUGUGACUUGGACAGUCUUCCCUUUCAAGUACUUGUGCGAUCCCACUGAAGGCACAUGGUGUAAAAUUUGAACCUGAAAGCAUGCGGCUCCUGUGAUGCUUAUGGGCCUGUGAUGGGUUGGUGUAUUGAGGAAAGGGUCUUUUCAAGGUAGUAGUAUUGUAGAAAAUGAUCUUGAGCCUGGUGUUCUAACUCCUUGGACUUCCCCUUGAGCUGUGAAAUUUAAACUCGCUUUAUAAUAUUGAAAACCCCAAAUCUCUCAUUCUCCAACACAUCAACAAUCAACUGUGAUGAAGUGUCCAUUUAGAUCUGUUUGCAUGCAGAUUCUUCAGAAAGGAGAAAAUCCCUUGGAAAGAAGUCAUGCUAAAGGAAAUGGUACAAACAUUGAAGUAUAUGAAUACUUGAGUGUACAUGGAGAUGGUAGAUACCCCUGUCUCCAAAAUGGAGGUUGUUUACUUAAGCUUUGUGGUCGACCAUGAACGCUAGUGGCCCUGGAUAUCCAUUAGCUUCUUUGUAUGUGGGAGAUCUUCACACAGAUGUGACCGAAGCCAUGCUGUAUGAGAAGUUCUCACCUGCUGGACCGAUCAUGUCCAUCAGAGUGUGUCGGGAUGUUGCCACGCGUCGAUCGCUCGGUUAUGCCUACAUAAAUUUUCAGCAGCCUGCUGAUGCUGAGAGGGCCUUGGACACCAUGAAUUUUGAAGUGAUCAAAGGUCGGCCCAUUCGAAUCAUGUGGUCCCAGCGAGAUCCUGGCCUCAGGAAAUCAGGGGUUGGAAAUGUCUUUAUCAAGAAUCUGGAUGACUCCAUUGACAACAAAGCCUUGUACGAUACAUUCUCAGCCUUUGGGAAUAUCCUUUCUUGCAAGGUGGUUUGUGAUGAGAACGGAUCCCGCGGUUAUGGCUUUGUUCACUUUGAGACCCAUGAGGCUGCAAAUCGGGCCAUUGACACCAUGAAUGGGAUGCUGCUCAAUGACCGCAAGGUCUUUGUCGGCCAUUUUAAAUCCCGCAGAGAGCGGGAGGCAGAAUUUGGGGCACGGGCCAUGGAAUUCACCAAUGUCUAUAUCAAGAACUUUGGGGAUGAUAUGGAUGAUGACAGACUGCGGGAAAUAUUCUCCAAGUUUGGGAAGACGCUGAGCGUCAGAGUUAUGAUGGACGAUACCGGUCGCUCGAAAGGGUUCGGGUUUGUCAACUUUGAGAAGCACGAAGAAGCCCAGAAGGCUGUGGCAGACAUGAACGGGAAGCAGAUCAAUGGCCGGAUGGUGUACGUUGGCCGAGCUCAGAAGAGGAUGGAGCGUCAGAGUGAACUGAAGCGUAAAUUUGAACAGAUCAAACAGGAAAGAGUGAGCAGAUACCAGGGAGUGAAUUUAUAUGUGAAGAACCUGGAUGAUGGUAUUGAUGAUGAGCGGCUGAGGAAGGAGUUCUCUCCAUAUGGUACCAUUACUAGUGCAAAGGUGAUGACAGAGGGUGGACACAGCAAAGGGUUUGGGUUUGUAUGUUUUUCCUCCCCAGAAGAGGCUACCAAGGCCGUGACAGAAAUGAACGGACGGAUCGUCAGCACCAAGCCUUUGUACGUCGCCCUCGCUCAAAGAAAGGAGGAAAGAAAAGCGAUUCUCACCAACCAGUAUAUGCAGAGACUGGCCACCAUGAGGGCCCUGCCUGGCCCUCUCCUUGGCUCCUUCCAGGCGCCCACAGGGUACUUCUUGCCUGCCAUCCCACAGCCACAAACCAGAGCUACUUUCUACAGUCCUAGCCCAGUUGCCCCAGUCCGUCCUGCCCCUCGGUGGAGCACGCAGCCCUCCAGGCCUCCCUCCACCUACCACACGGCUACCCCAAUCCUGAGGGCAGCAGCUCCACCCAGGCGCCUGCUAUCCAACAUCAGCACCAUGAGACAAGCAUCCACCCAGGUGCCCCGAGUGCCACCGCAUGCCCAGAGAGUGGCCAACAUAGGGACCCAGACGCUUGGUGCCCGUGCACCCACCUCACCAGCCCUGCUGCGGGGCGUGCCACAGUAUAAGUACUCCUCAGCGGUGAGGAACAUCCAGCCGAUGGGAAACGUGGCACCUAUGCUGGUACAACAGGCUGGAGAACCUGCUGUUCAUAUUCAUGGGCAGGAGCCUCUGACUGCAUCCAUGCUCGCUGCAGCUCCUCCUCAGGAGCAGAAGCAAAUGCUAGGUGAACGCCUUUACCCCCUAAUCCAUGCCAUGCACGCCUCAUUGGCUGGGAAGAUCACAGGAAUGCUGCUAGAGAUCGAUAACUCGGAGCUGCUACUUAUGCUAGAAUCACCAGAAUCCCUCCACUCCAAGAUCGAGGAAGCGGUUGCAGUGCUCCAAGCACACCAGGCUACCGAAUCAUCGCUUAACAGCAGUGCUGCAACAUUCCUCCUAUGAGACCCAGAGGAGGGACUCUGAAGAACACUUGGCUCUGAAGAUAAAGCAACUACAACCCUGACAUGCAUCACCACAUAUAUUGGAAGCAUUUAUUUAUUUUUUCUGUGUACAGACAGUGACACUGACUUGCAUUCAAAGCCCAACGUUACUUUUUCUUUGUGCAUCAAAAACUUUGCAAAAUGAUUUUUCCCCAUAAAUGAACUGCAUCUAUGUAACACUGUCCAUGUGAGCUCUCUUCUGGCAAUCCUCACCACUGAGAGCAGGUAGUGAAAAUAUUAAUAAGGGGGGCACGUGGUAGAAUGACAGCCUCUCCUUGUGAGUGGCGAGGAGGGAGACACGAUUGGUUCAGUUGUAGUGUUCCAUGACAUGAUGAAUCAUCAGAGCUUGUCAUUUUUAGUAAGUUCUUUGGGUUCUGUAAUGUUUUAUUUGUUCAUGUAGUUGACACCAUAAACAGCUGAUACAUCUGCCUUCACUAUGUGCUCGUCACUGUCGUUCUUUCAAGAAGAAAUGGUUUCUUCUGUAUAAAUGGCAGUACGUGAUUAGACCUAAGGCUGAUCUUCAGCAAUAAUGGAGGGAUGGGUGGGUUGGAGGCCUAUAGUGUUCCUGAAAACUGACUAGCAGAUGGAAAAGAGUAGGACUGAAUGGUCAAUUUUCAUGCUGGCACAAGGCUAACAGCGGGCUGCCCAAGAUUAUGUAUUAGGUCCAGUGUUUUAAUGUAUCUUAUUAAUGAUUUGGAAAGGGGGGUGAGCCAUGAAGCAGCAAAAUUUGUAGAUGACACAGUUGUCUGUUAGUCAAGACCAGGGAGGACUGUGAGGAACUUCAAAGAGAUGUAACCAAGCUCGGUGAAUGGGCAAAUGAAGCUCAGUGUUGAUAAAUGCAAAGUGAUGUGUACGGGAGAGGAAAAAAAUAAAUCACUAUGUCUUGGUUCUAACUUA